AUGUCUGACGAGCGCCCAUAUAAAGUUCACAUAAUUCGUAAGGAUCAGCAUUUGUAUGAUCAAGAAGUUGACGGCAUAUCAGCUGAUUUCAAAAAAUUGGGUUCACAAAAGCUUGAUCUGUUACAGUAUUUAUCUUUACAUGAUCAUUGGCCCAUCACUAUCGGUUCUGCCGUUGCAGCAUGUGGCAGUGGAUUCGUAGGUGUCUUGAUAAAUCGCCAAAUAGUCAAAAAUUUAUCAUUAAAAUUAGUAACUAGACAAGGUCCGACGAUGGCAUCGUGUUUUAUUGUACCAGUUUUGGCGCAUAUUGCAUUGUACUAUAGUCUUGUUUUACGUGACAUAGCCGGUGACCCUAAUGCGUGUUCAACUUGUUUAGAAAUACGUACAUUAUCAUUGAGUCUUAUAGCGCCUACUAUGGCCACAUCAGUUAGUUUACUGGCAAAUAUAUCCGCUUCUUUACUUCAUAAAUCGAUUAGAUUACCACCUUUACAAUUGAGUGCAUACAAUGAAUGGAUUAAUUUUUUAAAAAAAUAUCCGUUGAGAAAUUUGUCACGUAUUUUCAUAUAUGGAUCUGUAUUUAAUAUGGUAUUAUCAUCAUCUAUACUUUAUGGACAACAAUACUACUGGAAAAAUACAAUUGAAAGAAAAAUUGUUGAAGAAAGACUUAUAACGAGGAAAAGAGUCGUCAAAAAAAGUCUUUAUACAAAAUUCAAAGAUGUUGUAAACAGCUGGAUAAAAUAA